AUGUCAUUCCUGCCCCGCAGCCCGCCGCCCGCCCCCUGGGGGUGGCCACUUACCGGGAGCUGCCGCUGCGAGGGCGCCGGGUCCCUGGCGGGGGGUGCCUGUCGCCGGCGGGAGGAGGCCGCGGGCGGCCGCUGUUGGAAGGCGCCGGCCGGUGGCGGGGACGCGGGGAGCGGAAGGCAGCACGGCGCGCACCAGAGGCGGGCGGCGCCGGCUGGCGGGAUGCGCGUGCGGGGCGCCGGCUGCGGGCGGACCCCGCCCCCCGAACGCCGGCGCGUGCGCCCCGACCCCACACUCCCCUUUCUGGGCAGCAUCCGUUCCGGGGCGGGAACGCAGGCGGGCCCGGGGUGCGCUGACCUCGCGGCUGGCGGCGGCGAGCGGGAAGCCCGGGCGUGCAGGGAGGAGAGGAGGGGGCCGCGGAGGCCGUUUGGUGCUGGCAGGGAGACCAGAGGGCGCCGGUGUCUCCGUUUCGGGGGCGCGGGUGGAGGCUGGCGGGCCCGUCGCGGGCGACGGGGAGAGCCGAUUACUGCGGUCGGUGCCCUGCCCUCCAGCUUGCCAGGGUACCGCUCUCCUCCCGAGCCAAGCCCACGCCGAGCGCCUGACCGGUGUCGUCGGCCGCGGGUGGCCCCGCUGGUCGCGGUGGCCAGCGUGCUGCAGUCGUGGGACCUGCGCCUCACGGAGGCCAUGCGCCAGAGCAGGGAGGCCGAGCGGCAGCAGGCGGCGGAGGCGGGGAGGCGCGCGGCGGCCGGCGAGGCUGGCGGACGUGCGCGGGCCCGGCCGACCCGCCUUUCCCGCCGCAGCCCCGCCCUCAGGGUGCGGCAGCCGGCCGAGGAGCCCCAGCGGCGCCUCGCGGAGAUGGGCGGCCGGGGCGGAGCGGGGGACGCCGGCCGGCCCGGCAGCUGGCCCGCCGCCCGCAGCUGCAGCGCGCCUACUGCGAGCUCGGCCGGAGGCUCGCCGCGUGCGACCACUGCGGGCGCGGGUGCGCCCCCUCCCCGCGCGGGCGGGCGUCUCCCCUCCGAGCGGCCUCUGGGGGCGGCCGGGCCGCGGGCCCUCUCAGGAGUCCGGCCGGCCCUGCCACAGGCCGUCGAGGACGCCGAGGCCCAAGUGGUCAGGCUGCGGCUGGAGGCGCAGAGGGCCGAGGAGCCGCUGGCCGGGGCCGGGCUGGAGCUGCGGGAGCACGCCCAGGACGACGAGGAGGCGCCCGGGCUGAAACGCCAGGUUGGUGAGCUGCACGACGUGCUCAUGAGGGGCGUGGGCGACCGCAUCCGCUCCAACGGCCGACGGCCUCUUGUCGUCGAUCCUUCAGGCCAGGCGGCCACCUUCCUGCGUUACCAGGACACCAACUACGUGGACACGGUGAACCCGGACCACUUGCGGCCGGAGAGGAUUAGGCUGGCGCUGCUGGGGGCGCGCAGGUACUGGAAGCCGCUGGUGCUCCACCUGCGCGAGACGGAUUUAUUCCCGGUGGUGCCGCGGCAGCGGGAGGCGGGGCAGCCUGGCCUGGGGCAGGGGCUGCUGGGCCGUGGGCUGCUGGAGCCGGAGAGGUACCUGUCGCUGCUGCGGCCCCCCGACGGCCCCACCCUGUUCCAGGCAGCGCGCCGGGGGCACUUCCGCCUCUUUUUCGUCACCAAAGUGUGGUGGCCGCCGGCCGAGCAGCCACAGGUCCCGCUCCCGGUGCUCGUGCAGCCUCCAAGCCUCCGGGGGCCGCCCCAAUAAAGUUCGCUGGGUCCGCGACUGUGCGCGUCCUGCUGUGUGCACGCGCCUGGGGUGGGGCUGUGCGCGCGUCCACGUCCACGGCCCCAGCCGGCGGAGCCCCAGCUUCAGGCCCCGGUCUGCGGGC